AUGUUGAGACAAUCUGUUUGCAAAAGUGUACUAAGUAAACGUUAUUUACAAUCCAUCACAUCUAAAACUUUAAAUAAUAAUGUCAUAGCGUUCAGCUCCAGUACUUUAUUACGUAACUACUCUUCUAACACUAAAGUUUUAAAUAAUCAAUUUUCUGCUAGACCUGAACCUGCCCCAAGUUUUAAUGUUGAUCCAGCUACUGCUACCGCAACUAACACUACUACUUCCUAUUCCUCUAAUACAAAAGAUUUCACUAAGAGUAAGAUUGCAGAAAAAUUACGCCAAAAUCAACAUUUAGACAACUCUUUUGUUGGUUUAACCGGUGGUCAAAUAUUUAAUGAAAUGAUGGCAAGACAUAACGUUGAUACCAUCUUUGGUUACCCUGGUGGUGCCAUUUUACCCGUCUAUGAUGCUAUCUUCAAUAGUGAAAAUUUUAAAUUUGUUUUGCCAAAACAUGAACAAGGUGCUGGUCAUAUGGCUGAAGGUUAUGCUCGUGCAUCUGGGAAACCUGGUGUCGUCUUAGUCACUUCUGGCCCCGGUGCCACUAAUGUCGUCACUCCAAUGGCUGAUGCCCUUGCGGAUGGUAUUCCAAUGGUCGUCUUUACCGGUCAAGUACCAACUUCUGCCAUUGGUACUGAUGCUUUCCAAGAAGCCGAUGUUGUAGGUAUCUCUAGAUCUUGUACUAAAUGGAACGUCAUGGUUAAAAAUGUCGCCGAAUUACCAACUAGAAUCAAUGAAGCCUUCGAAAUCGCCAUGUCUGGUAGACCAGGCCCUGUCUUAGUCGAUUUGCCAAAGGAUGUCACCGCCGCAAUCCUAAGAGAGGCCAUCCCAACAGCUAGUACUUUACCACCAUUGAAUACAAACAAAAUUAAUGUCCAUGACGAAUUUUUGGAAGACGCUCUAAAUAAAUCCGCUGACUUGAUCAACAUGGCUAAGAAGCCUGUUCUUUAUGUCGGUGGUGGUAUCCUAAAUAAUCCAGAUGGCCCAAGAUUAUUAAAGGAAUUAAGUGACAGAGCUCAAAUCCCUGUCACUACCUCAUUACAAGGUCUUGGUGCAUUUGACCAAGAAGAUCCAAAGUCUCUAGAUAUGUUAGGUAUGCAUGGUUCUGCUGUUGCAAACAUCGCUGUUCAAAACGGUGAUUUGAUUAUUGCUAUCGGGGCAAGAUUUGAUGACCGUGUCACUUGUAAUAUCUCCAAAUUUGCUCCUGAAGCAAGAAGAGCAGCCCUAGAAAAUAGAGGUGGUAUUAUCCAUUUCGAAAUCUCUCCAAAAAAUAUCAACAAAGUUGUUGAAGCCCAAGUAGCUGUGGAAGGUGAUGCUGGUAGCAACUUGGAGGCGUUAUUACCAAGAAUUUUCCCUGUCAAGCACAGAUCUGAGUGGUUUAAACAAAUCGAAGAAUGGAAGAACAAAUAUCCAUAUGACUAUAUGAAAGAGACUCCAGGUUCCAAAAUUAAACCACAAACUGUUAUUGCCAAACUAUCCAAGAUUGCUAACUCUACAGGUAAAGAAGUCAUCGUCACCACCGGUGUCGGUCAACAUCAGAUGUGGACUGCUCAGCAUUGGACAUGGAGAAAACCAAGAACCUUCAUCACUUCUGGUGGGUUAGGUACCAUGGGCUAUGGUGUUCCAUCGGCUAUUGGUGCUCAAGUUGCUAAGCCAGAUGCUUUGGUUAUUGAUAUCGAUGGUGAUGCCUCCUUCAACAUGACUCUAACCGAAUUAAGUUCUGCAGUCCAAGCUGGUGCACCAAUAAAAGUCUUAUUAUUAAACAAUGAAGAACAAGGUAUGGUUACUCAAUGGCAGUCAUUAUUCUAUGAGCAUCGUUACUCUCACACUCAUCAGUUAAACCCAGAUUUCCAAAAAUUAGCUGAAGCCAUGGGUUUCAAAAGUAUAAAGGUCACCGAACAAAAGCAAUUAGAUAAAGCUUUAAAAGAAUUCGUUAACACUGAAGGCCCAGUCUUAUUAGAAGUCGAAGUAGAAAAGAAGGUUCCUGUUUUACCAAUGGUCCCAGCAGGUAAGGGAUUAGAUGAAUUCAUUAGUUUUGACCCAGAGAUGGAAAGAGAACAAAACGAAUUACGUCACAAACGUACUAAUGGUAAGCAUUAA